AUGAGCAUGACACUCAAGUACAUCCUGGACCAGAUCUGCUUCGCAACUUACGACUUCCUCUAUCUGCGCAUCGAUUUCAAGAAGUGUGCCAAUGUCGGCUACGCUUUCAUCAACUUCACGGAUGUCGGCGGCAUGCUGAUGCUCCUCGAGAUGGAGUUCCGCUCAUGGCCUGGUUUCAUCUCCGACAAGAAGUUCGGGAUCUCGUAUGCGACAAUCCAGGGACGCGAGGCGCUUGUUCAGAAGUUCCGGAACUCCUCGGUCAUGCAGGAGACGCCCUAUUGUCGCCCGCGCCUCUUCAUCACCCAGGACGAAGCAGAGAUGAUGAACUCCAUUCGCCACGCCGGUACCGAGCUGCCUCUCCCCCGCCCCGACAACAUCUCGAAGCUGCAGCGCUCCAUCGAUAGUGCUCGUAGCACUGGCCUGUUUGCCCCUCGAGGAUACUCUGCCGGCAUGGAGUACCGCCAUCAUUUCAGCACGUUCGACCGCGGUAGCCCCCGAGACAACCUUCAGACCGCCAUGCACCACGCUCAUCAGCACGCUGCUCCCCUCGUGUUCGGCGGUAUAACUGAGGCUCAGAAGCAGAAGAUCGAGGCCUGGUACCUGCACGUCUUCGGCGGCGGCCACCGCGGCGCUAUCCCCUUCGACUCCAUCCCGAUGACCCAUAUUCAACUCUACUUCGAGGAGCACCCCCAUCUUGCGCCAGUUCGUCUGACCAUGGCUCGUUCUUCCGGCAGCGGCAACGGCACCCCUCGGCGUUCGGGACGCGGUUCUGAUAGCGACAACUGGCGUGGAGGCUCCUCUGGUCCCUCCCAGGGCAACCGCAAGCGCUUCAUGUAA